CCUCUUUCUCUCGCCGUCAGGCUCGUAGUUUCAAAAGCUAGGCAAGAUGGCUGACGCCGCCGGUGACAAGAAGCGCACUUUCCGCAAGUUCACCUAUCGCGGGGUGGACCUGGACCAGCUGCUGGACAUGAAGACCAGCGACUACGUUCAGCUGUUCGCCGCUCGUCAGCGCCGCCGCUUCCAGCGCGGUCUGAAGCGGAAGCACCAGUCCUUCAUCGUCAAGCUCCGCAAGGUGAAGAAGCUGGCGGCCAGCGGCGAGAAGCCGGAGCCUGUGCGCACGCACCUGCGCAACAUGAUUGUGGUGCCGGAGAUGAUUGGCUCCGUCGUGGGCGUCUACAACGGCAAGACCUUCAACCAGGUGGAGAUUAAGCCCGAGAUGGUCGGCCACUACCUGGCUGAGUUCUCCAUCUCCUACAAGCCCGUGAAGCACGGCCGCCCGGGUAUCGGCGCGACUCACUCGUCGCGCUUCAUCCCGCUCAAGUAAAUGGACUUCGUGUGGGCUCGGACCGGCGGGGAGGCGGCCGCCCCCUGAGCUCCCCGCCCUGCGGUGGAACGGCGUGUAACGGGUGAAAUUG